AUGUGUGAGGGCCCCACUGAGAUCAUUGCUAACCAAGCACAGCGAAAGGAAACGGCUUCUAGCGUCAGUGUUAGUGGAGGAUCUACUAGUUCCAGGACUCAGGAAUUCACGCAGAUGAAACCUCCAGUAUUCACAGGGACUAAGGCAAAGGAGGAUCCGCAGAACUUUAUAGAUGGGCUGCAGAAGGUGUUCCGCAUUAUGCAUUCUACUGAGACAGAAGCAGUAGAGUUUGGUGUUUUUCAGUUUCAAGAUGUGGCCCAUAUCUGGUAUGAGUCAUGGGAACAAUCCCGAGGGGAAGAUGCACCACCUGCCACUUGGGAUGAGUUUGUAGAUGCUUUUCUCGACCACUUCAUACCAAUUGAGGUCAGGGAAGCAAAAGCUAUUGAAUUCAAAAGACUAAGGCAGAAUAACAUGACAGUCCAAGAAUAUUAUCACAAGUUCGUUUCGUUGGCCAAGCAUGCUCCCCAUAUGGUUCCUGAUACGAGGGUCAUUGUUAGGAGAUUUUUGCUUGGACUCAAAUCUGAUUUGCACGGUGAUGCAAAUAUGGCUGCUCAGAACAACAACAUGACCAUUGCCGGAUGGUUGCUUUUGUACAAGGUAAUGAGGACCGAAUGA